AUGAAGAAAGUGACUGAGGACCAACCAUCAGCGACUAUCCCCAUCGGAGACUGGAAUCUCCCAACCGACUUCCAGUUGGCUGACCCAGGCUUCAAUAAACGUGGCACGAUCGACCUUCUUCUCGGAUUGGAACACUUCUACGAGUUCCUCCUGCUCAAUGGUGGCCGGGUUCAAAUCCAGCGUAUAGGCAACGGGCUUCCAUUGCUCGUCAACACAGUAUUCGGUUGGGUUGUAGCAGGAAAGGUGAACCUAGGUCAAAUGAAUCCAAUUCCUAGUUGUCAUGUGGUAGUUGGCAACUCGUUGGAGCAGAAGAUCGAGCGGUUUUGGACGAUCGAUGAAAUUCAGGACGCUCCACGGUUCUCACAGGAAGAGAUCGAUUGCGAAAACCAUUACAGAGUCACGUUCUCACGCGAUACUGAAGGACGAUAUGUGGUUCGGUUUCCGAAACGAGUGGGCUUCGACAAGAUGAUCGGAGACUCAAGGGAAAUGGCGUUACGGCGAUUUAUUCAGCUAGAGAGGCGUUUUAAGCAGGAUGAAGCACUGCGUGAGCGGUACAGUGACUCAAUACGAGAGUAUUUGAACAACGGGCACAUGGCAUUAGUCGAAGGGGCGGAGGAAAGGUCCAAAGAGCAGCUCGUGUGUUACUUACCACACCAUCCGGUCGUCAAGGAGUCGAGCACGACUACAAAGAUUCGGCCGGUGUGGAUCAGCCAAGACGACCAAUAA